AAAAUGAAGAAUUUAUAUAUUUUUGUUGCUGUCCUGUUCAUCCCAUGGAGUUUUUCGUUGGCCAAGUACGAUGAAUUUGAGGAUGGAGAUGACAUUAUGGAAUAUGAUGACAAUGACUUUGCUGAAUUUGAAGAUGUUAAUGAAGAUGCAGUCACGGAGUCCCCUCAGAGGAUCAUCACUACAGAAGAUGAUGAAGAAGAAGCCACUGUAGAGCUUGAAGGUCAGGAUGAGAAUCAGGAAGACUUUGAUGACACAGAUACACAGGAGGGUGAUACUGAGAGUGAGCCCUAUGAUGAUGAAGAGUUUGAAGGCUAUGAAGAGAAACCAGACGCGUCCCAUAGCAAAAAUAAAGACCCCAUAACAAUAGUUAAUGUCCCUGCUCACCUCCAGAACAGCUGGGAGAGCUACUACAUGGAGAUCCUGAUGGUGACGGGGCUGCUGGCUUACAUCAUGAAUUACAUCAUCGGCAAGAACAAGAACAACCGCCUGGCCCAUGCCUGGUUCAACACUCACAGGGAGCUGCUAGAGAGUAACUUCGCUCUUGUUGGGGACGAUGGCACUAAUAAAGAAGCUACAAGCACUGGGAAACUAAAUCAAGAAAAUGAACACAUCUAUAACUUGUGGUGCUCGGGGAGGGUGUGCUGUGAAGGAAUGCUCAUCCAGCUUAAGUUUCUCAAGAGACAAGACCUCCUGAACGUCCUCGCACGCAUGAUGAGACCAGCUUCUGACCAAGUGCAAAUAAAAGUAACGAUGAACGACGAAGACAUGGACACGUACGUGUUCGCUGUCGGCACCAGGAAGGCACUGGUGAGGCUGCAGAAGGAGAUGCAGGACCUGAGCGAGUUCUGCAGUGAUAAACCGAAGUCUGGUGCAAAAUAUGGGCUUCCAGAUUCACUGGCCAUCUUGUCAGAGAUGGGGGAAGUCACAGAGGGAAUGAUGGAUGCUAAGAUGAUCCAUUUCCUCACACACUAUGCUGACAAGAUUGAGUCCGUCCAAUUCUCGGACCAGUUCUCCGGUCCAAAACUUAUGCAAGAGGAGGGUCAGCUUACAAAACUGCCCGAAACUAAAAAGACACUUUUGUUUACAUUUAAUGUGCCUGGUUUAGGCAACACUUCCCCAAAGGACAUGGAGUCCUUGCUGCCUCUGAUGAGCAUGGUUAUCUACUGUAUUGACAAGGCAAAGAAGUUCCGUCUGAACAGAGAAGGUAAACAAAAAGCUGACAAGAACAGGGCUCGCGUGGAAGAGAACUUCCUGAAGCUGACUCACGUGCAGAGACAGGAGGCUGCCCAGUCCCGUCGGGAGGAGAAGAAGCGGGCGGAGAAGGAGCGGAUCAUGAACGAAGAGGAUCCUGAGAAGCAGCGGCGGCUGGAGGAGGCUGCGCUGCGGCGUGAGCAGAAGAAACUUGAGAAGAAGCAGAUGAAGAUGAAGCAAAUCAAAGUGAAAGCUAUGUGACUCCAUUGUGAGAAGUGUCUUGGUGCCACCUGCAGAAUUUUGAUUCAAAGGGUACAAAGACCUCCAGAACUCCAUAAUCCUAUGCUUCUUUGAACACUAGUAGCCAUUAAGAGAAAUGUUCCUUGCAUUGGUGUUACUUAAGUAUUACAGCAACAUGCAGGUGUAUGUAGAGAGCUUUGUCUGGGCAGUUUUAUUCCGGGUGGUAUAAAUUUUUGCUACUUGUCUGUUUUAAAAAAAAAUAAUGCAAUAUUCUUGAAUGCUCUUUGUCAUUUUGUUCUUUAAAACCAGAAGAUUGUAAACCUGUCCACAUGUGCUGGGUAACGUUCAUGCUUUGGUUUUAAACUUUGGUUUUAGUUUAGGGAGGGGAGGGGAAAAAACUUAAGGGGAGGAAAACUGCACAAUAAACAUUUACUGUGCGUUUAUUUGCAUCAGGCUUGUAAAGGCACAAAACUUAGAGCCUUCCAUACACAGUAUGGAUUAUUCAGGGAUUAAAGCCCAGUAGAAUAGAAGUAAUUUUAAUUUCCUUUUUUU